GCAACACCCGCAUCGGUCCGCAACAACAUCACCCAUAUGAUCCUUCUCGUACCUAUCUCAAUCAUCCCCCAUUUUGUGCGCCCCCAUCCCGGUCCCAAUCCCUUCACUUUUCACUUUUCAUUUUUCAUGCCGCUCUGCCACUGAGCGUCUGCGGCGCCGCCUUCACAAUGGAGCUGGUCGCCAGGAACACACAUCUACCGCAGAUGCUACCACGGCGAGACAAAGAAAGCAAGACGAAUCUCUGUCCUCGAAGAGCACAAUCACUUUAGAGGGAACCGUCGACGGAUCCACAGACACCAUUCUGGUACCCGCAAGGAAUCGAACAUUACCAACCUGAAAGCCAUCUGGAACCUCCUGUACACGACGCAACGACAUACACGUACCUAAUAUCUAAUCAUCAGACCGCAAUGUUCAGUCUCACAGCCGCAAACGCAAUCGCGCUCUAUCUCUUCAUCGUCUUCCAGGUCAUCUUCGCGCCCAGCAACGCUCUCCCGAAUCUGCAGCGUCGCGGACUCCCGGGCGCAGUCUACACCUGCACAGGCGAGAACUUCUCUGGCGACUGUGGCUGGUCUCUCCCAACUACCAAUUGCAGGAUAGCAACGGCCAAGUCGAUCGGCCCCGACCCGGGAGGCUACUGCACGCUGUACAAGAAGUUUGACUGCACCAUGUCCGUCCGCACGCUGCGCUUUCCAGGUGUUUCCACGGGCCUGCCAGACUACAUGUCUUUCAGAUGCGGUAUGGGCAUUGGAAUCUCGGGCACUGUUGGGCCGCAGGCAAACGCCAAUCCGGAUUUGAGUCUCAAGGCGUUGCCGGCUGAUAGGCUGGCGGGCGGAGUUGGGAGCACGGAGAGGAAGAAGCAUCUGCAGGAGCUGCAGGCUAUGGAAAAGGAUGGGUUCAAGGAGGGAAUGAUUGGGCUGAGGAAGGACAUGUAUUAUUAGAGCGCGUGGAGUUGGUCGAGAGUUUCAGUUCGUGUAUACCCGUAUCGAUAUCAACAUUU